GAGCCGCCUGAGUGGCAUGGCCAAGCUGCCUGGCUGGGGUAAAGGGGCAAAAAGGGGAGAAACAUGUCCUUGCCUCCAGUGGGGAUUGCUUUGCUGGCUGAGCUCACUCUGGAAGCUGGUUGCUGCUCCAGGCAUCUUCAUGGGUCUUGGAGCAGUGCAGAGAAAGCAUCGGAGAGGGAUAUUUUUAGAUGCUCUUUGUGCUCAGAGAACAAAACCAGGCUGUGGUUUAAAGGCCAUUAGCUUGCUGGGGAUGUUUGAAAAACUUAAAUAAGGGCUUAAGUUUCAGAGACAUGUUUGACAUGAUGGGAUGUAGCAUUUUUGGAAAGAUGAUGGCAAUUUCUGGGCUAAGCAUCGUAGCAAAGACCCCAGGAGGAGCCUGUCCACGGGGUUGCUGGAGCCGGGCAAUCUGGCCUGUUUAGCUGCCACGUGGACAACCAGUGGGGCUGUGGCAGACGAUCCCCUGAGCGAGUGCAUUCACAUUGUUCAUGGGGUGACGUCUGUCGUAAUGAUUACGGAGGAGGCGCGGGAAGAGAGCGGAUGAGAGAUCCGCAUGUCAGACCAGAACAGCACUGACGAUGGGGAGUCAGACCCCCAGCACAGCCUGUCUAUGGUCUUCCUCCUCGUCCUCGUCUUCUUCAUCAUGGGGCUGGUGGGUUUCCUGAUCUGCCAUGUCCUGAAGAAGAAGGGUUACCGGUGCCGGACUUUCCGGGACGAGCUCGACCCAGAUAACAAAGACGUGCUGGCGGAGCUCCAGGCCAAUGAAGAGGAGGAGCUGAACGAGGACACCGUGGAGAAGAUUGUGAGAUGCAUCAUACAAAAUGAAGCAAAUGCAGAGGCCCUCAAGGAGAUGCUGGGGGACAAUGAAGGGGACAUCCCAGUGCCAGUGCCCAGCCUUUGUCCCCACCGUAACAGCCAGGAUGGGGGCCCACCACAUCACCACACAGUGCAUCUGGGCUCCACGCAGGCCCCCUGCAUCCACUGCAGCAAGAGGAAGAGGCACCCACUGCAUCGACAAGGACGGUCCAAGGAUGGCAAAGGCAGGAUGCAUCCUGGAGAGACUACUGUCUUCUCAGUGGGCAGGUUUCGUGUCACACACAUCGGGAAGAAACCCACUUUCCACGAGCAGCAGGAUGGUCCCCUGCCAGAUGGCAGCCGGGAGCCGAGCACGGAGGAGCUGGAGCACAGCAGCGACCGGCUCCAGCGCGAGCGGGCUCGCAAUGGGACUGUCCCCAUGGGUGGCCUGCAGAACGGAGCCGUCCAGAAGGGUACCCAGAGCAGCAAGGGUGGGGAGCAGAGCCGCUCCACCACUCCAGCCCCGAACACACCAGCCAGCUCCAGCACUCGUGACAGCAGACGGGCGGGCAAGGGGUCUGGCGUGGCAGGCUCACUGCAGGAUGCUGGCACUGCUCCUGGGAGCGCGAGCCGCCAGCGGAAGCUCCUGAGCCAUCGGGUGCUGGGAGGGUCGAGUCCCAGCAUCCCAGGAGAGCUGGUGCAGGAAGGAGCCAGCAUCUGCCUGGAGGAAACCGGACUGGGGUCGGCAGAUGAAGUGUCGGAUAUUCACGGGAGCCUGAGUCUGCACGAACAGGCUGAUGAGUUGGGAAGAGACGACAGCAGCAGAAAACAGCCCGGAGUGGAAGACAUGGGGCAGCAGGUAGGUUCCUCCUCUUCCUUGUCCCUGCGUGGUCCCCUGGGCUGGAGGUUUUGAAGGGUUGUGGCACAGCACCCCAAGUCCUGCUGCCAACACGAUCAACCAGCAGAAGUGUGGUGGCAUGAGCUGUGCAGCGGGGACAGGCAAGCCAAGGCUUGUGCUGGGCUCACUGUGGCAUGGAACCUGCCCUGUCCUGCCCACCCUGUUUCUGCUUACCUUUUUUGAUUGCAUUUUCCCAUCUGCUUUCUAUUGUCUGGAGCAUACAGAGUCGCCGCCUACCCUGCUGGUAUCCGCACCGCAGGGAAAAGGCAGGUCACUGGUUGACUUGCAGCUAGCUGCCCCUCAAGCAAGGGAUGCAUUUUCCUUUAUGGUUGGGCUCUUUGAGGUCAUACAUUGGGAUCAUUUUUUCUUGACCUGAGGGAACCCUGCUGCUGCACACAGCUUGGUUUCCCCAGAACUGUGGCUUCGCUGCAGUGCUGGGGCUCAACACGGCCAGCAAUGUACAGGCAGGGACAGAUGUCUCCAGGAGCCUUUCUUGCCUUGAAGUCUAGGAAAUGGUGAAGCCAACUGGUCCUUUCUUGGUUGUUCUUCCUUGCCCUGGAGGGGCUGGUGCUGGCUGUGCUCAGAGAGGAGAUCAGCCCACCCUGGCCAGAGCUGGGGGACUCCCAGCACCCCGGUAUCUCCCAACUUUCCUACCCAACCACCUUGCUGGAUGUGCUAAAGAGCUCCAGGGCAGCACUUGCAAGGACACCAUCUCCUUGGCUGUCGAUGGCCCAAUUUGGGGGAUUUGCUCCCUGCCACUGCCUCUGGGCUGUUACCACUGAGCAAAUGAUGCUGUCAGUGGUGGUAGCAGACUCCCAACACGUUCGCUCACGUGCUUGCCUGUGGUUCUGCAAUUGGAGAAAGACAAUUUUCAUGGAAGGGGACUGGGGGAAGUUACGUGGUGUAGUGUCACCCUACCAAGGUGAGCGUGGGGAAAGGUGCCUAGUUAAAUGUAGGCUAAGGAAAAAGCAGGAACACACGGAGUUUAUUGUGUCCCUCUGCUUUCUGGUGGCUGGGCUGGAAGGAUCUGGGCUCCUCCAGGCUGGAGCUUUGAGCUGCUUUAUGGAGAAGGGCAGCCUAAGGCAGCCACGCCAGACAGAGCUGAUGGGCUGUAGCUCUUCUCCAGAGAUCUGGAGAGGUGGUCAUAGGUCCUCCUUUCUCCCAUGGCUCACAAUGCCUUGGGAGAUGGCCAUGGCCCCUCUGAUCUCCAGGGAAAGAUGUGCAUGGAAGACAAGUCCAGGAACACUGUGAUUUUCUCCUCUUCGUCUGUCCCAUCUGUGGUGCCAGACCCUUGCCUUAGACCCUGUGCCAGGCUUUGGGGUGUUGCUUCAGCAUGCUCCAGGACACAGGGUCCCAGGAGAAUGGUGAUGGGACCUCACUGUGAUGUUUGCCACCAAGCCUUGGUGCUGCUUGGACGACCCCUUGUCCCUUAGGUCCCAGCCAGGGCCACCACAAGGGUUGUUAGCUGCUGCUCAAGAUGCCCUGCAGGCGAUGGGGCUCGGUCUGCAGUCAGCUCCUGGACCCUCAGUGGGGUUGUGCACACCCGCCUGUGCAUGACUGCUGUGGACAACAGAGCCCCCAUCC